UGUAUAUCACAGAAAAUACACAGUGCUAUCUCCAGCCACAAGAUGGCAAUCGAGAUUGCAGUCAUCCACAGACAGGGAAUCAUCUUGUCUUAAAUUCGUAAUACUUACUCUUUGAAUGUGUAGUACCUGCUUCGGUGGAGUGUUGAUGCAAGAAUCGCCGUGAAAUAAGUACAUAUUCGCGUAACGUUUCUCUAAACCCUGGCAGCUCUCAGGAGUAUUUUAGGUGUUUCCUGCGGCUAUGGAGAACUCCCCAGAAGACUACAAGAUCCAGUCCUUUGACCUACAGACGCAGAUGUUGCUGAAAACAGCCUUGAAAGAUCCGGGCUCAGUGAAUCUAGAGAAGGUAUCCAGCAUCAUUGUGGAUCAGUCUUUAAAGGACCAGGUUUUCAGCAAAGAGGCUGGACGCAUCUGCUAUACCAUUGUGCAGGCUGAGGCCAAGCAAAACAACGGCAGCGUGUUCCGGAGGAGCCUGCUCAACCGCCUCCAGCAGGAGUUCAAGGAGCGUGAGAAGACCAGAAGUCGGUCCUUGCAGGAGUGGGUCUGCUACGUGACCUUCAUCUGUAACAUCUACGACUACCUUAAAGUGAACAACAUGCCCAUGGUGGCGCUGGUCCUUCCUGUCUACGACUGUCUGAUGAGGCUGGCGCAACCUGAUGCUCUCAUGAAUGAAGAGGAGGUGGACUGUCUGGUGCUGCAGCUCCACCGCAUCGGGGAGCAGCUAGAAAAGGCCAACAGCCAGCGCAUGGAUGAGCUCUUCUUCCUGCUGCGGGAUGGCUUCCUGCUUCAGGAGGGCCUGACCUCUAUGGCCCGCCUGCUGCUGCUGGAGAUCCUGGAGUUCAGGGCGGGAGGCUGGGUGCUCAGCGGCACGGCACACAGGUACUACUACAGCGAAAUCGCAGACUAGGAUACUCGCCAGGACAACGGGAGUUCACCAGCAACUUUUUUUUUUUUUGAUGGACACAAAUCACCAAUGAGUGGAGAUGAUGUUGUCAAUGUGCAAUAGAUCAUAAGUUCAGUUCCUGAGUUCAUUCACUGACUUUUUUUUAUUUAUAAAAAAGUUUUAUAUAUUGAAAGCAUUCCCUCUAUGAACAUUGCUGAACAUCAGAUUCAAGCUGGUGUGAUGCUUGCUUUGUUUCUAAUGUGUGACCAAUAGUUAAAGGAGUUGUAGUUUUGAGAGAUAUUUUAUUAAAAGGUUUGAAUUUCUGUCACGUCUUGUUUUUUCAGCAGUUAUUACAUGAGGCAGCUACAGCAUAUAUGCAGGAAGAGUUUGUUUUCAUAUGAUUUAUCCAAUAAACCGUUA